CAAAUUUCGUAUAUAAGCCUGGUUAAAACGUUCAUGAGUAUCAUUUGAUCGAAGUCGUGUCAAAUAUUCAUACAAAAUGUUCAAACUCUUCGCUGUUGUAUUCGCUGCCAUUUUGGCCGUCGUAUCCGCUGGCCCCAAACCAGGUUUGGUAGCUGCCGCCUACAGUUCCCCAGUUGUAGCCGCCGCUCCAGCUGUAGCUUACUCCGCUCCGCUCGCUUACUCUGGAUACCCAGCCGGAUACGUAGCCCCAGCCGUCUCUGCCUACCAUGCAUCCCCAUUGGCUUACUCCGCUUACGCUGCUCCAGUAGCUGCCACCUAUUAUUAGAAAAUUGCUGUGACAUAAAAUACGAUUAGUUAAUAAACGAAAUUAUUAAAAA